CCCUGCCUUUGGAAACGCCAUCCCUAUCCCUUGUGGCUUCUCAUCCUCCUCCCCUCCCUCCCCUCCCCUCCCCUCCUUCGUCGCGUCGUCGUCUCCUCCUCCUCCUCCUUCUUCUUCUUCUUGUUGCUCUUUAUCAUCAUUCAUCAUCUUCAACAGGUCGACCCUCCUCCUCCUCCUCCUCUCUCUUCUUUCUUUCGUCUCCGUCGCGCUCUACACGAGUACACACACACACACUCUCCAUCAUCAUCAACCUCCACAUCAGCCACUUCCCCCCGGCCAUCACCAUCACCACACAAUCCUGGUCGCUGAUUCACUCAGAGCAAGUCUCCACCCACUCAACCACAAGUCAGCUCGACGCCCAUUGACCAACACCAUCACUUUCCUUUAGGACUUCACCCCCCCCACCGACACUCACACCCGCCCCCACCCCCCCACAGCGAUAGGACUUACAAUGUCCGGCCCAGUGUCGUCUCAGUCGUCUCAUUUGAUGAAGACCACCCGAAGGGGGAGGCCAUUCGUCAAGGACACCCACGACUUGUUCGCCACAAUGAUCGUGUCUCUCCGUCUCGAACCGCACCGCUCCUUCUUCAAAACCUACCCGAACAGCUUUACAACCGACGAAGCAUGCGUCAAUCUCUCCUCACUCAAGUUCUCCCAGUCAAACCGUUCCGCAGACCCCAAGGACCCAUCACGCAUCAUUACCACCACCACCACCACCACUUUCACAAUGUCCCGAGACAUGGCACGCGGAGUUGGACAGCACUUUAUGGAGGCCCAUCUGAUCGAAAACGCCACUGACCUGAGCUCGAAAGUGUUCAAGGAUCGUGGCGUCUUCAUGCUCACCCCUAAGGGCCUGCACAUCCUCGAGCGUUUCAUUACCAAGAAUGGUAUCGCCGCAGACCACCUCCUCCGAGUAUUUGCGACCCAACCCAUUUGCAUGAAGCUCCUCCAUCUCGAACGCCGAACCCAGGAUGACGAGAUUCUUGUCACAAAGUCGGUCAUCGAGGUCCUCUUCCGCCGUUUCGUCGGCCGAGAACCUAAUGUCUCACGCCUCAUGGAUGACGAGCUCCAGGCGCAGUACCACUCCCGCCCUCAUGCUCGUGCCCCGCCUCUUCCCCCAGGAGAGGAGUGCGACCGCACUCUCGGUAUUAUCGUGCGUCGUCUCCCCCCACCAGCCUCGGACAGAAAGAGAGGCGACGAGUUCCACUUUAGCGCCCUCCAGGCCGUUGACUGGAUGUGCGACUUUACCACCAUUAUCGGCAUGGACGAGGCUGCCGAAGUCAUGGGCCAGUUUGUCCGUUAUGGCUUCAUUUCAUUGGUGUCGGACAAGGGCAAGGCAAAGGAGAGCAAUGUUGUUGUUCAGGUUCGUGCCGGUGGUGCCGGUGGUGGUGCCGGUGCUAUCAUGCCCGAGGCCGAGUUCCGUGCCACAGAAAAGGCCAUCUACCGCAUCACCAAGGAGGGUAUCCAGGUCGCCAAGUGGGACCAGCCUCGCCAGGUGGUUGCGCGCGAACCGGUCCAGCCCAACCGCGUCGCCUCAGAGUCGGCCCAGGACAUUAGCGCCGCGGCUACCAAUCCGACAAAGUCGCUCGCAUCGGCGACCGACAUGAGCUUGGCACGUCGCACGUCUGUAUCCGAUCGCCUGCGUGCCGAAUUCCUGGUCGACGGCGGCAACGACGAGAAGUCGAAAGACUCACACACCGCCCGUCUCAAACAGAUUCUCGAGGAGCCUGCCCUCCGCUCCCUGUUCCGCGAAUUCCUGCGUGCCAACUUUUGUGAAGAGAACCUCAGCUUUUGGCUCGAUGUCCAAGAUUUCAAGCGUCGCUUCAACACCUCGUCUUCCGCUGCGGCUGCGCCCGGCGCGCUUCCGACGCAGCGUGGACAGGGGUUGCAGGCCAUGGAGAGGCAUCAGCAGGACUUGAUUUCUAUGGCGUUUGUCAUCUACAACACCUACCUCGCUCCUGCCUCGCCUUGUGAACUUAACAUUGACCACCAACUGCGUGGCGAGCUCAUUUCGUACAUGAACGAGAUCCUCGAGGACAAGAACGCAGACAAGGCCGAGAUUCUCCCCGGCGUCGGCAACUCGCUCCACGCCUCGCAGCUCCAGAACAUGGUCUUCCUCUACGAGCGCAUCCAGACGCACAUCUUCCGUCUCAUGGCCACCGACUCGGUGCCCAAGUUUGUCAAGACCGAGCGCUUCCUCAACCUCAUGCGCUCCGUGUUCCAGUUCAACGAGGUCGACGAGACGCCCUCGCCCACGACUCCCACUUCGGUCGAAAAGGUGGCGGCCAUUGCCAACAAGGCGCAGGACAUUUCCCGGGCGUACUUGACCGUUUCGAAUGCUGCGAACGAGAAGCAACACAUGACCGGAACUGGAAUGUAGAUGACUCUACAGCCCUCCACCAUACCCCUCCCCCCGUCACCCUCCGAUACCGCCCUCGCCCCGCCCCCUUACCUCGCUGACGCCGAGGCGGACGGCCCCGGCCCUACCGGCGCCUCGCGCCAUAGAGACGGGCGCCGUGGAGCCACGCAUGCUUGCACUGUACAUAUAGCUGAUCUUUUCGUACGUCCUCGUAUUAUAUACAAUCUGCCGAUGUAUGGGGUUGCCCUGUUG